UCCCAGAAAAGAGACGUACAGAUGCUCUGUCUUGAUUGGGUUUGAAAUGUUUUUUGGUUGUUUUUUGCUGUUUCUGGUCCUGAACGGCUGCCGAGCUGCUGGAGAUCCUCCUCCUCCGUCAAUCCAGCUGAACGAUAACUUCCUGGGGAAUCAAUCAGAGGCCGUCCUGAUGACAGGAACUGCUUUCACCUUCAGUUGUCAUGGUAACUUGUCAGUCCGUUGGUCCAGCACUGCAUUUCGUCUGGGAUACCGGGGCGAGAUGCCAGAUCCUUUGGUGGUGUCCAAGUCGGACCCCCGACACACAGGGACGUACCUCUGUGGGUACACCAACCGGUCGUUGGAACACUUGGACACAUGGAUCCAUCUGUAUGUCAAAGAUCCUGCAGACCCGUCCAGCAUCUUUGUCAGUCCCCGCAGCACCCCUGAUGUCAAGGAGGAGGGGCAGGACUUCCUGUUCAGGUGCUUGUUGACUGACCCUUCCGUCACCAACCUCACUUUCCAGUUGGAUGGGGAAGCCAGAUCAACAGGACAUGGCCUUCCACCUGGCAUGAAUGUGACCUUUGACCCCUGGAGAGGAGUCUUGAUCAGAAACCUGAAGAUAUCUUUCAAUGGACGUUAUGUCUGCUCGGGCUGGAAACAUGGGACAGAAGUCAGGUCCAGACCUGUGGACCUGCGUGUCAAACCCAGGCUGCAUCCUCCUUCAGCAUCUGUCAGUCAGGCUCAGUUUGUCCAUCUGGAAGGAGAAAAGUUCGAAGUCACCUGCCUGACCAGCAACCCCUCCCACUCCUACAUUGUCACUUGGACCCAUCCACAUAUACAGAUGCUGAAUGUCACUGAGAGACAGACCUACAGCGAAGGUAGACUCUUCAAAAACAGCACGCUGACGCUCGCAGCUGUCCAUCUCAGCCACAGGGGGCGCUACACCUGUACUGCCGUCAAUGAAGCUGGAGUUGCCACAGCAACCACAUCACUCAGAGUUGUGGAGGCUCCGUACCUGACCAUCUACCUGCAGCGCACCAACAUUAACGGCAGCAUCAUAAAAGAGCACAGCGACGUGGUGGCUAAUGUCAGCAGCGUGUCACUGGCAGACACUCUAGGUGCUAAUGUUAGCACCAAUACCACUGGUAUACCUGGGGCUAACAACGCUAACAUUAGCAGUAGCAGCAAAGUGGAGGUGUAUGAAGGUCAUGGCCUUAUUCUUAUGUUUGUGAUGGAAGCCUACCCUGCAAUCAACUGCCAGCGCUGGACGACACCAUCACACAUCAACAAGAAGAUGGAGCACUACAGCGCUAACAGCUACAGGUCCGAGGCGAGCUUGGAGCUUCAACUGGUCCGUCAGGAGGACAGAGGACGAUACUCACUCCAUUUCUCAUCUUCAUUCUUCAGUGGUGUGCUGAACAUUGAUCUUCAAAUUUAUCGUAAACCGUCUGUGGAUCUGACUCGGGCGAAUCACACCCUGACGUGCACCAGCUCAGGGUACCCACUUCCCACAAUCCUCUGGUACAUCUGCCCUGGAGUCAGAGAAACCUGCAGAAACACAAAUGUGACAUCCAGACUACAAGCAGAGACACUGAGCCAACAACAAAAUGAGGAAGAGUCGUGGAAACAAGUCACCGUACGGCUGUCACCUGCUGAUGAUGUCACUGUGGAAUGUGUCGCCUACAAUCAUGUGGGAGUUUCCCGCCAUGCCGCUGUCUACUAUGAACCGCGCUGGUUUUUCAUGCCGGCUCUGAUCGGAGCGCUGACGGCUGCUGUGGUCCUCUUCCUUCUCCUGUUGGUUGUGUCAUACAAGUGGAAGCAGAAACCAAAAUAUGAGAUUCGCUGGAAGAUCAUCGAGAGCACCGAAGGCAACAACUACACAUUUGUUGACCCCGCCCACCUGCCGUACAAUCGAAAGUGGGAGUUUCCCAGAGACCAGCUGCGCCUUGGUGCUGUUUUGGGCUCUGGAGCUUUUGGGAAAGUGGUGGAGGCCACGGCCUACGGUCUAGGCACUGAGAGCAACAUGACCCGUGUUGCAGUCAAAAUGCUCAAACCCAGUGCACGCUCGGAGGAGAGGGAGGCUCUGAUGUCAGAAUUGAAGAUUCUCAGCCAUCUUGGUUACCAUGACAACAUUGUUAACCUUUUAGGCGCAUGCACCCGAGGAGGACCCAUGCUGAUGAUCACAGAGUACUGUUGCCAUGGUGACCUGCUCAACUUCCUGCGGAUUCAUGCUCAGGACUUGAUGGCAGCCAUUUUGAGUGGGGAUGAAGUCGUUUAUAAGAACACGGUGGCUAACCACACCCGCCUGAGGAGUGACAGCGGGAUCUCGUGCUGUUCCGAGUAUCAGGACACACAGUUGUCUCUGAGUCCAGUUGUUCGGGCAGACGGCCUCUCUGUGGAUGACCUCAUGACCUUUUCCCUCCAAGUGGCACAGGGUCUGAACUUCUUGUCCAGCAGAAAUUGCAUCCACAGAGAUGUUGCUGCGAGAAACGUCCUGCUGACUGACCGUCGUGUGGCAAAGAUCUGUGACUUCGGCUUGGCUCGAGACAUCCGUAACGACGACAGCUACAUCGUCCAGGGCAACGCUCGUCUUCCCGUCAAGUGGAUGGCACCAGAGAGCAUCUUCCAGUGUCUGUACACUGUCCAGAGUGACGUCUGGUCCUACGGAGUCUUACUGUGGGAGAUUUUCUCUUUGGGGAAGAGCCCAUAUCCCAAUGUUGCAGUGGAUACCAAUUUCUAUAAGAUGAUCAAAGACGGCCACCACAUGGCUCAGCCAGACUUUGCUCCUUCAGAGAUGUACCAGCUAAUGACCCACUGUUGGAGUUUGGAGCCCACAAACAGACCAACAUUCAAGUCCAUAGGACAGCUUAUUAAAAGGCUCCUCCCCUCAACCACCCACAUGCUGCCACAAAACAAAAAUGAGUUGAUGUAUAGGAACAUCAAUGAAGGGAAAGAAGAAGAGGAGGUCAGAGGUCAACAGACACAAAAGAGAGGAGAGGAUGAGGAGGGACAUGUUCAGAAAGAACUGCGUCAAGAUGAAGAAGAGGAGCUGCCGAUGAGGAACAUCUACACGCUCUCCUGAUGACCCAAAAUAAAUGUUUUUUUUUUUUUCUUGUUAUAAUCUUUCAGAAUUGAAAACAAAUCUGAUCAAGUUGAAU